GGGUUGCUGUGGUUCCUACGCCUUCAACAGUCAACUCCAGACUAGACCAGACCAGAAUUGCCAAUCGAAUUACACAUCUCUUCCAUCUUGCCAUUUGAAACUCCACGCCAUUUCACCUCUCCCAGAUUUUGCUCGCAUCGGUCUAUUCGACUCCAAUUGGAGCAGCUGUCCAAAUAUCAAGGACGCGCAUCUUCGCGCAAAACCGCGUCGUCGAUUCCAUUCCGACCACAACAAUCUUCUCAAGAAUAUCGCCAAUUGAUCACUACGUUGCGCAAUCAUAGCAGAAAACACAUCUCAUCGACGAAUACCCACAAAGUCUUGGAUUAUAAUCAAAAUUCGCAAUGUCGCAAAUUCAGAAGAAAAAGCAGCGUUUGUCACUGGACGAUGAAUCAGUAGAGGGUAGCCCAAGAGUAAACGCGCCAGGCAGACCAGCAGGAAAAUCGGUUGCGAGAAAGAGCAUGAGCAAGAAAGCAAGAGAUAGUGCUAUUAAAGCCGGAGAUCCAGUUCCUCAAGGGAGAAAGCGCCGUUAUAAGCCUGGGACUCUAGCUCUAAAGGAGAUUCGCAAGUUCCAGAAGUCUACCGAUCUUCUCCUUCUCAAACUUCCCUUCUCACGUUUGGUCCGUGAAAUCGCACUCUCAGUACGCCCUCAAGGUGAGGGGAUGCGCUGGCAAUCACAAGCUAUUCAAGCACUUCAAGAAUCUGCUGAAGCAUUCCUCGUCCAUCUGUUUGAAGACACGAAUUUGUGUGCUAUUCAUGCCAAGAGAGUGACAAUUAUGCAAAAGGAUAUACAACUUGCAAGACGUAUUCGGGGUGCAUGGGGUGGUUUGGGUUAGACUAUGACAACUACAUGCUAAAAAGCUGUAUAAUUGUUUAAAUUCGCUUUGGAAAUUUUGUCAGAUUAGCUUGCUUGGACAGGGACUUUAUUUCGUUAUAGGGAAGGCGUAUAUGGUUUUAUGACUUUAUACAAGUAUGGGAGGAAUUCGACUAAAAUUAGGACGUAUA